AACGGUUUUUCUCUCAUUUAUGCUCCGUCAUAAGCAUAAUUUUUUUCUACAAACAAGCUGCCUCACUUUGAACAUUUGAAAAGAAAUUUUUUUAUCAUUUUCACAUUGCUGAAAUUUCAACUAAUUUACACCGAAUUUAAACGAUAAAAACUUGCGUCAGCAUCUCAGCAGACAAUUUAACGUGUAUAAUUAAUUUAAUAGUUCAGUUGUGCUUCGUGAUUUAAUACAAAAAAAAAAAAUCCCAAAUUUAAUAUGGCAUUCCGUAUGAACGGUGGUGGCAAUCGCCGCAAUGAUAACAACCGAAACUUUGAUCGUGGUUAUGGAAAUGGCGUUAAUCGUCAAAUCAAUCCCUGGGACAAUAAUGCCGGAGGUGGCAAUUUUCGCCAAGGCGGUGGCGGAGGCGGCAAUGUUAAUAACGACGUUAUUUCUCUGGCUAAUAGUUUAGUCAAUAAUCUUCUUCGCGGAAAUCAGCCACCAUCUCUUCUGGAUUUACCCCAACGUGGAGCUGGUUAUGGUAACCAAAUGAAUUUUGGUCGUUUUGACGAACGAAAUGGACGGAUGGGCAAUCGCAAUGCCAGUAAUAAUCGACGACCUGGACAAGGUGUACGUAAUAAUAAUGCCAAAUUUGGCGGACCUAUUAAAGGUGGCGGCAUUCGUAAACGCAAUCCUGUUGACCGCGCAAAGAAAGUUCUUGCUAAGAACGCCGCUUCUAAAGAUCCAGAUACUCCAGCUGAUUCAAAUGAAAAACCCAAAGAGAGUGCAAAGUCCAACAACAAGGAUGCCGGAGCCAACAAGGAGGCAAACAAAAAGGAAUCAAAAUACGCAGACGUUCCAAAUGUCAUGUUCUAUUGUCACAUGUGCAAAAAACACAUGUGGGAUGCCACCUCAUUUGAGAACCAUGUUAAGGGACGCACUCACUUGAUGAUGCGUGAAGGUGUCGAAGAAAGUUAUCGCUUGAAAGCGAACAUGAUUCGUCAAGAAGCUAAAAUUGAAGAGCAAUUGAAGAGCAUCGAACUUGAACGUCUCAAGCGUAUGGGCAAAGCAGGCAAAGGAAAUUUCCGUCGCGAAUAUUGUACCAUGUGCGAUUUGAACUUUUAUGGACAUUUAACUGCCCAUCGUAAAACCGAUGGACAUUUGAAUUUGAAAAAAUUCUUGCAUCCAAAAUGCUUGGAUUGCUCAUUAGAGUUUCCAAAUCGCAUCGAUUUUGAUGGACACAUUUUGUCGCCCGAACACAUGAAACGUGCAUUUAUCACAAAAGCCAAUAAACCAGAAAAACGCAAGAAUCAAUUGACCAUCUACACCGAAGAUGACGAAUUGAAGGACUUGAAGGAAGAGAAGGAGGAAAAAAAGAAGGAGAAGAAAGCCACCGAUGCUGAAGAGUCAAUGGAAACUGAUGAUACAGCUGAAAAACCAGAGGGUGAGGUAAAAAAGGAGAAUGGUGAAGAAGAGGCUGUUGAAGGAAAAGAAGAGAGCAAAGAGGGUGAAGAAGAACCAGCAGCUGAACCAGUUGCCGAACCCGAUGAUAUCAUUUUGGACUAUGAAGAAGGUGAUGAAAUUCCAACCGAAGUCGAUGGCAGAAUUCCAAAAUACAAUUGCUCACGACAGGUUGGCAUCAGCUUAAUUCAUAAAUUGGAUUGCUACGAAUGUUAUGUGUGCGGUCGUUUCUUUGAUACCGAAAAAACGUCCGAAAUUCAUACACGUACAGUAACACAUCAUCGUAAUUUCGUUAAAUUCUUGAACGAAAAGGCCAAUGAUACAAAGAUUGCCCAGAAGCGUGCCGCUGCCGCAUUGGAAGAAAUUGAACGUAAAAAGAAGAAGUUAGAAGCAGCUGAAGCUGCUGCAAAUGCCACCGAAGAAGAAAAGCAGCAAGGUGAUGAGGCUUACGAUCCAACUGAGACCACAGACGAUCCAGAAGAUGAUGAAAAGAUCGAUGAACCAAUGGAAACUCAAGAAGAAGAACAAAAAGAACAAGAGGCCGAGGCAGUGCCGGAAGUAGCAGCCAAUGGUGUUGAACAAGAACAACCACCGGCCGCAUUUGAAGCACCGGUUGCUGAACCAGUAGAAACAAAAGAGGAAGUUGCCACACCGAAACGAGUCCAACGAGCCCGUGGCCGAGGACGCAACGCUCGAUUGUAAACCCAUAUAGCGCAAGCAACUAAAACCAUUGAGUACAUUAUUCGAAUAUCUCACAUCCACACAAACACCCUCCCCCCCACACACACACAAUCUCCCUCUCUCUCUAUCUAACUAUCUUUUUUGUGUAAAAUGGUGUACGCAAGGAAAGAAAGUAUUUCUUAAUUUUUUUUUCCAUUUGUGUCAUCGAUUCAUGGAUCAAUCGAAAAUUUAAAUCAACACAAUUUGUCGCUUGAUGUAGAGAAUUUAUUAUGUUGUUAAAUUCACUUCUUAGGGAUAUUCGUAAUGAAAACAGAAAAAAAAAAUAAUAAUUUGCAUGAAAACCACACAUCAUCUUAUGUGAAAUGGGAUGUAAUGAAUUUAGUUGAAAUCAUCAGAAAAAAGAAAAUAGUACAUAGGAAUGUAUGGAUUCAGAGAAAAAUAAAUAAACAAAACACCACACUUAUACACCGAGAGACACACAUGGAGAAGAAGAAAAAAAAAACACUGAAAAUUCAUGGUUACACAACGAGCGCUAUCAAAGUCUGAU